CAGGACGGGCUGGGACAGGACGGGACGAGGAGAAAUAGCCGAGUCACGGCCUGGAGCCCGUGGGGGCAGGGUGGUGGAACUAUCGCCCGGCUUGGGGAGUGUACCUCGUGCUCCGUCAGGGACGGUCUCCAAUGUCAGAUGCCUUCCUCUUUUCAGGCUACUUGGAAUGCAAAGGUCUAUGCAAAUAUACCCUCUGACUGCAGCUGCUGUGGAAAAAGGAGAAAUUAUAAGGAAGGCAACAUUUGGUGCCGGAAACCCGGGAGAAAGCGGGAUUCAAACCCAGAAAGCGAGGAUUACCUGGGAAACGGGAGCAGCGGUCAGGACCAGCUGGACUAGUCCUGGCGAGGGAGAUGUCCCUGCAUCCAGAAGGAAGAUGGAAGCCCUGAUAAAGGACUGGAUCAUUGGGCGCCCGCGUGAUGCAUAUGCUCCAGUGCCGGAAGGAGGCGGUAAACCACCAGACAACCCGAAGACAUCCAAAACUCCUGAGCCUGUGAAACCCAAGCGACAACGACUUCUGUGUGUAAUCUUGCUUUUAGGACUUGUUAGCAGCGAGCAGGUCCUGCAGCCAGCAGAUGUGGGUUGGACCACUGGAAGAAUGUGGUCAGUAUUCUUGCACAAGCCUGGCAAAGAUCCCGGUGAAGUAGUACAAAUUAUCCGACUCCCAGUCAUGACACCUGAAGCAAUUGGCCCCAACCUUGUGGUACAGGCUGAGAACCCACAAUCUAAUAGUCUGUACCCGCUGCAUAAACGAGAAGCUUCUCCCCAAAGAUCUGAAGCCACUGCUUUCGAUUCGCUCUAUCAAAUGUUAGAUGCCACCUUUUUACCUCUAAAUCAAUCCAACCCCAAUGCCACAGAAUCCUGCUGGCUGUGUUAUGACACACAGCCCCCUUACACAGACCCCCUUAACAACUGGCCAAUGUGGUCUAAUGCUGAGGCCCCAGUCCAGUGUCACAGUGAGUCACCUUCUCGCAGAAUCACCAUCAGCCACAUGACCGGGUGAGGGUUUUGUGUAGGCAAAGCCAGUGCUGUUGACAAAAAAGUCUGUGCGACCACCGUGCAGGUGGACAAGUCUAAGAAAUGAGCAAUCGCCCCCUUGUCUGGCAUGUGGGUUUGCAACCGCAGUGGGCUAAGCCCUUGCAUCUAUACCCAAAGCUUUAACUCCUCUGCUGACUUUUGUGUAUUAGCUGCUAUCAUCCCCAGGGUCCUAUACCACUCUGGAGAAGAAGUGAACCAGUACCUUGAGCGAGCAGGCCACCUUCAGAAAAGAGAGCUGUUGACAAGAUUGUCAAUAGCAAUGCUGCUCGGCUUGGGAGCAACCGGAGCAGCCACGGGUGUCUCCGCCCUGGUAACCCAGAGUCAGAGUCUCUCUCAGCUACAAAUGACUGUAGAUGAAGAUCUACAGAGAAUUGAAAAAUCCAUAUCCUUUCUAGAAAAAUCAGUCUCCUCACUCUCUGAAGUUUCGCAGAACAGGCGAGGUCUCGACCUUCUGUUCAUGCAGCAAGGAGGCCUCUGCAUUGCCCUGAAAGAGGAGUGCUGCUUCUACACAGACCACACCGGAGUAGUGAGAGACACCAUGGCAGAGCUACGAGACAGGCUGUCUCAAUGGAAGGCGGAGAGAGAAGCCCAGCAAAGCUGGUUCCAAUCUUGGUUCGACCAAUCUCCGUGGCUGACCACCCUGGUGUCUACCCUGAUUGGGCCAGUUGUGAUGAUUUUACUUGUGUUAAUCUUCGGACCGUGUAUUUUAAAUAAGCUUGUGUCCUUUGUUAAGAGCCGACUAGAAAAAGUCAACAUUCUGUUUAUAGAAAGGCAACAGAUGCUCUAAAAAUACACUUAGUUACCACAUGUGCCUUAUGCUUACUAACGAAAAACUAGUUAGUAACUGCAUGUGCCUUAUGCUUACUAAUGAAAAACUGCAGUAUCUAUUUUAUAAGUUUUUAGCCUUUUAGUUAAGUAUUGUGUAUCCUAUAUUUUACUCAAGUUUAUAAUAUCUACUUUUAAAACUUCUUAUAAUAUAGAUAAGUUAGACAAAGUGUUUAGAGAUAGAUAUAUAGAAAAUAACGUUAGAACUUUUUAAGACUAAUACACCUUAUAUUCUAGCAAAUUAGUUAUGCAUAGAGAGGGGGGACAGCAGGACAUUACAAAUGCUGCCUUUCUGCCCUACAACAAAAAAAGAGAAUUAUGGAUGCUGAAUGCAAGAAAGCAGGCAGGGAGCACAGUGCCUAUG